AUGCCCAAAGAAAGUGAUAAAAACAAGAAAAUCAACGAUUCUGUCGCUGUUAAUAAUAUACCUCCAAAUCCCGAAAACAACGAAACUUCAGUAUGUUAUAAAUAUAUAAUAUAUAUUUUUUCAUGAAUUGUAUUAUGUCUUUAUGUGUAUGAUUUUACGGUUUUAAUAUUUACACUUACAUUUGUGAUUUGUCAUAUAGUCGAGUAAUUUAAACAUAAAUUCAUCCAAUCCAGUAUCCAAUAAAAAGGAUGCCAAGCCCAGUGUUCGCAAAAAUAUGGUAAGAUGUUUAACAAUAAAAUAAAGUAAUGAGCAAGGAAGUUUGUUUUCAUAAUUAUUAAAUUAUUGAUUACUUGUUGUUUAAUAGGUAUCAAAAGCAACAGAAUUUUUGACUGCUGAAAAAAUAAGAAACACUCCUAUUGAAAAAAAAGUAAAUUUUUUACGUUCCAGAGGAUUAACUGAUCACGAGAUACAAUUAUCACUUCAAAAAGCAGCAGCAAUGUAUACUGAUACCAAAUAUUCUCAUGUAAAUAGUUCUGUAGGUCACAAUUUAUUAUUAAAUGCCUUUUAUUGUAUGAAUAUUUUAUCUGUGAUUAUUUUUUCUAGUUACCUGACCUAUCUGAUAUCAAUUAUUUAAAGACUUCUGGUGUUUCUGAUUGCUCUGGGGGCUGGUUAAGACGACUUGCUGGAUCAGUAGCCAUUGGGGCAACUGCUGUUUAUAUUGGUUAUCAGAUAUACAAAGUAUAUAAACAUAGUAAAUUAAAUGUGGGCAGCCAUUAAAAAUAAAAUAUUAUACUUGUUUAUGGUAGAAAUACAUAGAAAACUGGCUUUUUGGUAUGAAAAUGUCACCAGUGGAAAAACGUUUAGAAAUAGUUGAACUAUUGAUACAAAGGUGUAUAAUGCUCAUUGAAGAAAAAAACAUGACGCCCGACGAUUCAACUGAACAAAACAAUAGACAAAAAGAACUCGAUCUAGUCCGUGCUGAACUGAAAUCUAUUAAAAGUUUACUUCUAAAUAGGUAUCCAUUACGAUUUUCAACUCUUAAUUGGCUUUGAUUUAUGAAACUAUUUUUUUCAUUUUAGAUUCCAAUUUCCACCAGCUCCUGCAUCUUCCAGUAUACCACAAUGGCAACUAAUGAAAAAUCCCAAACCUCAAACAGAACCACAAAACAAAAUCAAUGACAAUGAUACAUCAAACUUGUCACCAACAAAUAUAUAUAUCAAGCCUAAAAGUAUUAUAAGAACCACAGUAGUCCCUCAAACAGAUGAUAUUUUAGAUAGCGAUACUGUCAAAGAUAAUGAUAAUAAAUUAAAUAACUUUAAGUCUAAUGAAAUAACACUACCAUUAAACUCUGAUCAACAUAUAAUUAAUAGACACAAUGAUGUUGUUCAAAAUAACUGCGAUGAUCAUAAUGGAGAUAAGGAGGAUGAAAAUCAAUAG